CCGGAUCUCCUCAAUUUCAAGAAGGGAUGGAUGUCCAUCCUGGACGAGCCAGGAGAGUGGAAGAAACAUUGGUUCGUGCUGACCGACUCGAGCCUGAGGUAUUACCGGGACUCGAACGCAGAGGAGGCUGAUGACCUCGACGGAGAAAUCGACCUCCGCUCCUGCACAGACGUGACGGAGUUUGCGGUGCAGCGCAACUACGGCUUCCAGAUACACACGAAAGAUGCCGUCUUCACCCUGUCGGCGAUGACCUCGGGCAUCCGGCGCAACUGGAUCGAGGCCCUGAGGAAGAACGUGCGCCCGGUCAGUGCUCCAGACGUCACCAAGCUCUCCGACUGCGAUAAGGAGAACUCCUUCCGUAACUGCGUCCCGCAGAAGGGCUCGCUCCGGACGGAGGAGCAGCAGCGGCCAGGCUCGGGCUCCGAGGGGAACUCGAAGGGCAGUCACUGGAAGGCGGACGGGCAGCGCCAUGCCUUUGACUACGUGGAGCUGUCUCCCUUGCCGCAGGACCCUGGGAAUCAGGGGUCCCCGCAGAGGACGAGAGGGAGCUUGAGGGUCUCCGACCGAACUCCCAAGCAUGAGGAGCUGGAGCGGGAUCUGGCCAUCCGUUCAGAGGAGAGGCGGAAAUGGUUUGAGACCCCUGAUGGCAGGGUCCCAAAUAGUGAUGGCCUGGUGGGGGACUCUUCCCGCAAGGCUGGGGAGCAGGACCUCCCCGCUCCCCCGCUUUCAGAGGACCAGCGGAUUCGGCUGAAUGAAGAGAUAGAGAAGAAGUGGCUGGAGUUGGAACGCCUGCCCUUGAAGGACUCACCGCGGGUUUUGAACCAGAGCAAGGGGGGCCACGGAGACACCAACGAGGCACUGAAAAAGGAGGUCCAGUCGCUGCGGGCGCAGCUGGAGUCCUGCCGAGCCCGAAAUGAGAGCCUUCGGGAGGCGGCGAAAUCCCAGGGAGAUGGCCACGUGCCCCGGGGGUACAUCUCACAGGAGGCCUGCGAGCGCAGCCUGGCCGAGAUGGAGUCGUCCCACCAGCAAGUGAUGGAGGAGCUCCAGAGGCACCACCAGCGGGAGCUGGAGCGGCUGCGGCAGGAGAAGGAGCGGCUCCUGGCAGAGGAGGCUGCGGCGACGGCAGCAGCCAUCGAGGCACUGAAGAAAGCCCACCGGGAGGAGAUGAAUAAGGAGCUGGGCAGGACACGAAGCUUCCAGCAGUGCGGCUCGGUUUCAGAUGCCCUCCAGAAGCAGCACCAGUUGGAUGUGGAUUCCCUGAAGCGGGAGCUGCAGGUGCUUUCCGAACAGUACUCCCAAAAGUGCCUGGAAAUCGGGGAGCUCACCCAGAAGGCAGAGGAGCGGGAGCAGACGCUGCUGCGCUGUCAGCAGGAGGGGAAGGAGCUCCUCCGGAAAAACCAGGAGCUGCAGCCCCGCCUCUCAGAUGAGAUUGGGAAGCUGCGAAGCUUUAUUUCAUCGCGGGGCUCUGGGGACCGCUCUCCGCACAACAACGAGCGGAGUUCCUGCGAGCUUGAGGUGCUGCUGCGGGUGAAGGAGAACGAGCUCCAGUACCUAAAGAAAGAGGUGCAGUGCCUCCGGGAGGAGCUGCAGAUGAUGCAAAAGGAUAAGAGAUUUGCCUCAGGGAAAUACCAAGACGUCUAUGCAGAGCUGAAUCACAUUAAGGUGCGCUCGGAGCGAGAGAUCGAGCAGCUGAAGGAGCACCUGCGCCUGGCCAUGGCAGCUCUGCAGGAGAAGGAGUCACUGUGCAACAGCGUUGGCGAGUAA